UUGCUCGUCUCCAUCCCGUCGGAUUCUACUUGUGUAAUUUUCGAUGGAUUCGGCGUGGACUGUGGGGAGAAGCGUAUAUUGGUAUUUCGAGUAAUUUCAUCGAAAAGGGUGGGCGUGUUGUUCAUCCACAUCUCCUCCUAUAAUUACACUUCCGUAACCUCGCUCUCAGCUCCUUCGUACCAACAAGAAUCUCCCUCUCUCCCUCUGCUUGAUCCGCCGUCUCCAACCAAACCUCCUUUGCAGUCUUUUUGUGUUGGAUUUCCUUUUCCCGUUGCCGCUUUUCCUCAUCCAGAUUUCGUGAGCUUUUAGAAGCAAAUCGCGUUUCCGAUCGACUUGAAUUCAUCCGCCGAGAUCUGUCCGCACUAGGCUUCUCGCGCUCUGACCGAUAUCAUCCAGGCUUAGCCAGCUGAAGCUCCAUUGGUGUCGUGUGCUGCUGGGGGGUGUUAACGUUGAAUUGGAUUCUGCAGAUCGUAGCUGUUGAGACUUGAGAGAUGGCAUCAUCAACAGCUGGUCCCACUGGAUGGUUGAGAGGAAGGGUGAAAGCCGUUCCUUCGGGUGACUGCUUGGUAGUAAUGGCUAGCACCAAAGAGGAUAGACCACCUCCUGAGAAGACUGUCACUUUGUCGUCUCUUAUUGCUCCUAGAUUGGCCCGUAGAGGUGGUGUUGACGAGCCAUUUGCAUGGGACAGCAGAGAGUAUUUAAGAAAGCUUUGCAUAGGAAAGGAAGUCACUUUCAAGGUGGAUUAUAGUGUGCCAUCGAUAGGGCGAGAAUUCGGAUCUGUUUUCCUUGGUGAUAAGAAUGUUGCAUCAUUGAUUGUUUCUGAAGGCUGGGCGAAGGUCAGGGAUCAGGCUCCGCAGAAAGGAGAAGUUAGUCCUUACCUUGCAGAACUGGUAAACCUUGAAGAGCAAGCUAAGCAACAGGGUCUAGGCCGCUGGAGCAAGGCACCGGGUGCUGCAGAGGCAUCUAUCAGGAAAUUACCUCCCUCAGCCAUUGGUGAUCCUAGUAACUUGGAUGCCAUGGGUCUAUUGGCUGCAAAUAAGGGCAGGCCCAUGCAAGGUAUUGUUGAGCAGGUUCGUGAUGGAAGUACUGUUCGUGUCUAUUUGCUUCCAGAGUUCCAGUUUGUUCAAGUAUUUGUUGCUGGAAUCCAGGCUCCAUCAAUGGGAAGAAGGGCUCCAUCAGAAACUGUUGUUGAAACAUUAGUGGUCUCGGACGAACAAAAUGGAGAAGUUUCUGCUGAAUCCCGAUCCCCAUUAACAUCAGCACAAAGGCUUGCAGUUUCAACGUCAUCACCUGCUGAAGUUGCUGCUGAUCCAUUUGGAAGGGAAGCCAAAUAUUUUACAGAGACUCGUGUUUUGAACAGAGAUGUCCGUAUUGUUCUGGAGGGUGUUGACAAAUUCAGCAAUUUGAUAGGAUCAGUGUAUUAUCCUGAUGGAGAAUUGGCGAAGGACCUGGCAUUGGAACUUGUAGAAAAUGGUUUGGCAAAGUUCGUUGAAUGGAGUGCUAACAUGAUGGAAGAUGAUGCCAAGCGGCGGCUGAAGUCUGCUGAACUUCAGGCAAAGAAGAACCGAUUGAGGAUUUGGACAAAUUAUGUACCACCAUUGACAAAUUCAAAGGCAAUUCAUGACCAGAAUUUCACCGGAAAGGUUGUUGAAGUUGUAAGCGGAGACUGCAUCAUUGUGGCUGAUGAUUCUGUCCCAUAUGGUAGUCCACUGGCAGAGAGACGAGUUAAUCUUUCAAGUAUCAGGUGUCCCAAAAUGGGCAAUCCUCGUCGUGAUGAAAAACCUGCUCCCUAUGCUCGUGAAGCAAAAGAGUUUCUACGAACACGCCUUAUAGGUCGACAGGUGAAUGUUUCAAUGGAAUAUUCUAGGAAGGUCAGCAUGACAGAUGGAUCUACAGCUGUAACUGCAACUGCAGACUCGAGGGUAAUGGAUUUUGGAUCAGUCUUCCUUGUGGGUGAUGAUACCUCAACUGUUUCAAAUGCUGCAGGCAGCCAGCCAGCUGGGGUGAAUGUUGGUGAGCUGGUGGUUGCACGUGGAUUUGGCACCGUUAUUAGACAUCGGGAUUUUGAGGAAAGAUCAAACUACUAUGAUGCUCUCCUCGCUGCAGAGUCCCGCGCUAUUUCUGGGAAGAAGGGGAUCCAUUCUGCCAGGGAUCCUCCUGUAAUGCACAUCACAGAUCUGCUUACAGCAUCAGCAAAGAAAGCUAAAGAUUUUUUGCCAUUUCUGCAAAGGAGUCGGAGGAUGCCUGCCAUUGUGGAGUAUGUCCUCAGCGGUCACCGGUUUAAGCUGUUAAUUCCUAAGGAAACAUGCAGCAUUGCUUUCUCAUUCUCAGGUGUCAGAUGUCCUGGUCGUGAUGAGCCUUUUUCAGAUGAAGCAAUUGCACUGAUGAGGCGAAAGAUAAUGCAGAGAGAUGUUGAGAUUGAAGUGGAAACUGUUGAUAGAACUGGAACUUUUUUGGGGUCUUUAUGGGAGUCGAAGACCAAUAUGGCAGUAACAGUCCUUGAAUCUGGCCUGGCAAAGUUUCAGAGUACCUUUGGCAGUGACAGAAUCCCAGAUGCUCAUCUUCUCUUGCAGGCUGAGCAAUCUGCCAAAAGACAGAAGUUGAAAAUUUGGGAAAAUUAUAUUGAAGGAGAGGAAGUUACCAAUGGUUCAGUUGCAGAAGGCAAGCAGAAAGAAGUGCUGAAGGUAAUUGUUACAGAAGUCUUGGGUGGCGGAAGAUUUUACAUCCAAACUGUGGGAGAUCAGAAAGUGGCUUCCAUUCAGCAGCAGCUUGCUUCUCUGAACAUUCAUGAAGCUCCUGUGGUUGGUUCUUUUAACCCUAAGAAAGGCGACAUUGUCUUAGCUCAGUUUAGUGUCGAUAAAUCAUGGAACCGAGCAAUGAUUGUGAAUGCGCCUCGAGGAGCUGUUGAAUCCCCACAUGAUAAGUUUGAAGUGUUCUACAUUGACUAUGGAAAUCAAGAAGCUGUUCCUUAUAGCGAGCUACGGCCUCUUGAUCCUUCAGUGUCCUCUGCAGCUGCCAUUGCUCAGCUAUGCAGCCUUGCAUUCAUAAAAGUUCCAAGCUUGGAGGAGGAUUUUGGUCAAGAAGCGGCUGAGUUUUUGUCUGAAAUCACACUAAACAGUUCAAAAGAACUCAGGGCUGUGGUUGAGGAAAGGGAUACUUCAGGAGGAAAAGUGAAGGGGCAGGGAACUGGGACAAUUUUAUUUGUUACUUUGUCAGGUGUUGAAAAUGAAGACAGUAUAAAUGCUGCCAUGCUGAAGGAAGGGCUUGCUAGGUUAGAAAAGCGGAAAAGAUGGGACUUGAAGGAGAGGCAAUUGGCCCUUGACAAUCUGGAAAGCUUCCAGGAAGAAGCUCGGCUUAGUAGGCGGGGGAUGUGGCAAUAUGGGGAUAUCCAGUCCGAUGAGGAAGAUGCAGCACCUCCAGCUAGAAAAGCUGGUGCCCGGCGAUGAAUUUAACCCCCAAGUUUCCUGAAAUGAGGGUUGUUAAAAAGAGGACUACUGCGGCAGCCCAUAAUUAAUUAGUGGCAUGUUGAUUUGUUGCUAGAGUUAUAAAAGAAUAAAUGCUGUUGCGGGCUAAACUUGCUCAAGGUUAUUUUGUUUUAUUUUUUUUUAUUUUUUUAUUUUAGAAGAAAAAAAUUGAAGGGAGGUGAGGGAACAAUUUUUUUUUUCCGUGUUUUUUUUUUUAAAUUUUUUUCUCUCUUAAUAAGUUGUGCUUGGCGCAGAUUAUCUUGUCCUAGUCUGGGGACGUCAUUGCAAUUUUUGUGAGUUUAGGAAUGUAAUAGAUUUUACUUUGGUCUUCCUUCCAUGUAACAGUUUUUAGUUGAAGUGCUUUUUUCA